UUGUUGAUGGAAUUUUAAAUGAGUGUAGAUAUAUACGUUAAAUAGUAAUAACAAUGUUUAAUUAACUCGGAAGACUUAACUUGCUAACAUUUAACGGAUAAGUUACGUACAAACAGGGUGACAUUCAUUCCUUAGCUAAUGCUCAAAUUAUAUAGCUAAUGAUCAAAUUAUAGAAGUAUUGUGUUUUGAAAGUUAUAUUCCAGAUAAUAUAAGUAGCCAAAGUAUUCUACUGAACAGUUGUUUUUACGAUAGCUAACAGUAGAGGUUAUGCAGAUCAUUGUAUUUGAUUGUGUUUUCUUUAAGCACCCGUAUAUAAAGUAAGAUGGCUUAAAGAAAUAGAGAAUAACAUAUUUUUGUGGAUUUUCUUUGUUUUUUAAGUGUGAUGAUGCCUAAACAUGCUGCCUCCGUAGGAAGCCACUAGAUCUGAAACAGAACAAUAUUAAUCAUAUCAUAUGCAUUAUGUUGUAUAGUGAAAUUAGGGCAGCUUCAAUAUGGAUUCAACGUCAAAAAUAUUGGAGGAAAACUUAGAGAAGAUUUUGAAGGGUGAGGGGCUUGAGUUGGGAGAGUUUGAUUUAGCCCCGGAAGUGAAACCUGUCACACUGAGGAAAAACGUUUGUUACAUUGUCAGCGCAGUGAUCUUCAACUCAAAGGAGGAGGUGUUACUUGUUCAGGAGGCAAAGAGAGACUGUUAUGGCAGAUGGUACCUCCCUGCAGGUCGUAUGGAAGUGGGUGAAAGCAUUGUAGAGGCACUGCAGAGGGAGGUCAAAGAGGAGGCAGGAAUAGACUGCCAGCCAAUCACACUGCUCCAGGUUCAAGAACAAGGGCCACAGUGGGUUCGCUUCACCUUCCUCGCUGAGGAAACAGGAAAAAUCUUAUUUCUCAUUGCGCUACUAGGGGGCUCUCUGAAGACAACGGCAGAGGCGGAUGCAGAAUCCCUGCAAGCUCAGUGGUGGGAUCGUGAGUCUCCACUUCCUCUUCGUGCACGUGACAUACUGCCCCUCAUUGAUGCUGGAAUAAAAUAUCGCCAAAAUCCUUGGUUUCCUGCAUUACAACCUGUUGACUUCCCUUGUCACGUUAUUUGCCAAAGACUUUUCAUCACAUUCGUCUCCAGCAGUGGUAGCUCUGACACCCGUGAUGAGGACUGCCUGUGGCUUCUGCUGAGCAAUAAUAAUGCCAGUUCUCAUCCCAGUCUUCCUAUUGAAGUAUCAGUUAACACAUACAUCUCGUGGGCUGCGCACAGACUGAUUAAGGAGUGCAUACCUUCAUCUUUCGCAUUCAUAAACAUUAUUAUAUGUGGCAUUCUGGGAGUGCAGCACAAUGGGAGAACACCAGGGAAAACGGACGGCAUUUGCUUCAACACACUUGUGUUAAUGGAAAAUUCAGAGGGUGGGCCUGAAAUCAGCUGCCCACCACCAUUGGAGAGUGACAGUUACAGAUGGCAUGAAGUGACCAAUCAGAGCCUCAGGGCAAAGAUAAAACAGAGGAUUAAAGAUAGGUCUGUUCUGCCUGUUCAAAGUCAAUACUGAUGCUCUACUCUGCCACUGCAUUUCACAUGAGAACCAAAGCUCAACAUGUAUGCUAACUGUUAGGUCAUGGCUCAAAAUAUGGAUUAAUAACCUUGCACGUUUAAAAUAUUAAUCUUGAACCUCAUUUAAUUCUAACAUAUCUCCAAUAUAUCUAUAAAUAUACAUAUAUACACCGGUAUAUAUAUAUAUAUAUAUAUAUAUAUAUAUAUAUAUAAACACAAUUAUUUUAAAAAGCAAAGAUUCUGAAAGUAUUUAAUGAGAAGGGAUUGAAUGAGAAUGAAAUUAUUAACAAGUUUUUGUUUCUUCACUCCUCCGUACACUUUCAUUACAUACCGUGACUGAUAUUCUUUUAAAGUAUAUUAUUUCCAUUAGUACUUUCUUUAAAAGUACGCCAACAUGUACUAGAUUUUCAGAAGGGACUUUGGACAUUAAGGACACUAUUAUAUAACACAUAGCACUGUUUUCACCACAGUCAUCUAUAUCAAUAAUUUAAUAUAAAUGAAUGCUGUUUGGAAAAUCUGAGAAAAGAGUUUAUAUUUGAUCACUUAAAUUUUUAUAUAUAUUUAAUAUGAUAAAUACGUAUGUAAGAUGUUAUGAAAUGAUGCAUUUCACCUUAAGUUACAAAAUAAUAUGUAUAAUAAACAUUUAUGAAGUCUGUCUUU